GCGAGCAAGAUGGCGGCGCCGGCGCGCCAGGUGCUGGCGGCGGCGCUGUUCCGCGGGCGGGUGGCCAUCGUUACCGGCGGCGGCACCGGCAUCGGCAAGGCUAUCGCCGCCGACUUGCUGGCGCUAGGUUGCAGUGUUGUUAUUGCCUCUCGUAAAUUUGACCGAUUAAAAGCUGCUGCAGAAGAACUGAAUAAUACAUUUUCUUCCAUGUGUCCUGCCAAAGUGACUCCCAUACAGUGCAAUAUCCGCAAAGAAGAUGAGGUAGAAGCUUUGGUGAAGUCUACACUGAGUCUGCAUGGGAAGGUUGACUUCCUGGUGAAUAAUGGAGGUGGCCAAUUCUCAAGUUCUUCUGAAGCCAUCCGUGCAAAAGGGUGGAAUGCUGUGAUAGACACGAAUCUGACAGGGACCUUCUACUGCUGCAAAGCAGUGUACAAUGCCUGGAUGAAGGAACAUGGUGGAGUCAUUGUCAACAUUACUGCUGCUGUGAGAAGUGGGCUUCCUGGAAUGUCGCAUACAGGAGCUGCAAGAGCUGCAGUGAAUAACCUAACCAAGACUCUAGCUUUAGAAUGGGCCCACAGCGGAGUAAGAAUCAACAGUGUUGCUCCUGGAAUAGUAUUUUCGGAAACUGCUGUUGCAAACUAUGGAGAACAAGGUGCAAUGACGUGGUUAAAUACCAUACCAAAGGUUCCUGCCAAGAGGUUAGCGGUUCCUGAGGAGAUCUCUUCUGCAGUGUGUUUCCUACUAUCUCCAGCUGCUUCUUACAUAACUGGGAUAACCAUGGUUGUGGAUGGUGGCCACAGUUUAUAUAGCCAGAUCCCAGAAAUACCUGAUCAUGACAGAUGGCCCUCACCACCAGAAGGAAAAAACUCUGAAAUGCUUAAAGAGUUUCUUUCUGGCAAGUUCAAGCCAAAGCUGUAAAAGAAUGAGAUUACACUGUAUUCCCAGUUGCACACUUGCUGAUAAUCUUGUUUUGUGAUUUGGGCAUGUUUUUCUCAGUAAUAUAUUUUUUUUGCUCAUGUGUAACUACAUUGAGUGCCUUGAUUAUCAUUGGUAUAUAUUUAAAACUUGAAAGGCUGUACAUAGUAAAUUUCUUCUCUGAAAACACUCACUGCCCUGAAAACAUUCAGUCUCUUGGGAAGAGAAGGUAUAAAAGAAAUUCUCCAUUUGCACAGGCAUUAAGUAAUGAAGAAUCUCAGUCAGAAGUGAAUAAAAAAAGUACUUAUUUUGAAGAGAAGGGGGCAGAGAUGGAAUGUUUCUGAAUCCUUCUAUUCUGAAUGAAUUUGGGGAGAAGAUAAUUUAAAUCUCUGUUAUUAUUAGUUGCAUUGGUAACCCUUAAGGUAGCUGUUAGCUCUAUGCUAUUUCUGUUCAGCCACACACUGAGUGUUCAACAAUGAUUUUAAAGACUAAGUAGGGUAGGUAUUUCUCUGAAAAGAAUUAAAAAUAAGGCAGAAUACUGUUAUUAAUGUUUCAAACUAAUAUGGCAUAUCAUAGUGGGAAUGUUUUGAAUUGUUUGCAGAUACAACAACAUAAUGGAGUUAAGCUGGCUGCAAUUUAUAUUUGGUAAUAGAAUAAUCUGAUAAUAAACUUAAGCUUUAACAUACAGUGAUGGAAAACAGUAUAGAUUCAACAAUUUAACAUGCAAAGUCUUGAAGCAAAAGCUGUGGUGUAUAUUGCAGUGCUUUCUGCAGUAUGCUAUACUGUUAAAAGGAGAAACUUGGAAUCCUUCAUUUACCAGUUAAAACGCUUUCUAUCCAUACUGUGAUGUCUUACAAUGUUAACACAAUUUUGUUCACCAGUGUCUCUAAAAUAGGUGUGAUUUUUGUGAUCAGUGCAGAGAUUCCAUUUAAAAAACCAGAAAUCUUGCAAUAUAUCGCUCCAAGAGGCUAGAUUUGUAGUUACUCACUUCUUUUUAUUCACUUUAAGGCAUGUCUGAUAACUUUAAUCAAAAUAUAAAAAAUAAGUGGUGACUGUGUUUGCUGUAACAACUGAAAUUUGUGGAAUCAAGUUGCUGAUAUGGAAGUGACCUCUUUAAUACUUCAUUUAGGAUUGAAUGUAAGAGUCUCUGCCAGUUGUUUGUCCUCUGCGAAGAUGUUUGACUUUUGUGUCUUUCAUUAAAACAUGGGAACUUACAUGGGUACAUGUAGACUGCUUUUUCAUGAAAAUCUGAAUGCCACUUUUGGGGGGGAGGAGGGGUUUGAGCCAAAAUGCUUUCUCCUUCUGAUACAUCCUCUUUCCUUAGUAACUGAGUGGUCAUUUAUGUGUUUGUGAGAAACUUGUACAGAGAUAAAAUCAGCUUUUUUCAAACCUCUUGUGCAAGGUAUAUUUUGAUUACUGCAAAUAUUAGUUCAGGGUACACAGCAAGAGAAUUCCUGGAAGAAAAUGCACCUGUUAGAUAACUCUAGAAGCCUAGCCCAUCGCAUUUAAGUGAAAUUACUUAGUUUGUUAAGAGAUUGUUUCUACAUUCUUAACAUCUUUCUGUAAAAGAAGGUUAAACAUGAACAGGCUCGAGACUUGUGGAAUUUACUUUCUUUUCAUGUUUAACUGUGAGCUUCUGUGAUACAUGUGGACUGUACAUUUGUGAAAUGGAAGCGAUUUGUUAAAACUAAAUUACUUUUAUUAUAUCCCAGAACUGUUCUCUACAGGAUUUGAGCAUAAACUUGGAAAUAAUUAUUUUA